UGAUAUUUGAUUUUGAGACAAACUUUUUGACUAUUUCAGACAAAUCGGGUCUAUAAUUUCUACAUGCUACUCUCAAUAGAUCAUCAAAUUGAGAAUCAUAUUCAAAUUUUUAGAAGAUCCAUAUACAUAUAUUACACUGUACACUCAUAACACAGGAAUCAAGACACCGUGAAAAGAAUUGGACAUCAUGAUUUAUAGGAUACAAUUGAAUCAGAAUUGGAGAAAAUCUUAGAUGAUAUAUAAUUGUCUUUUUACUACAAAAAAGUUUUUAAUAGAUAUGAUUUUGAGAAUUAAACCAAUGUCCUAAAUUGAAGUAUUUUCGAAUUGGUCACUAGGAAUCAUAGAAGGCAGCGAAAGUUAAAUCUUUCAGCUUUCAUUAUGCCUUCUUUACCUAGGCCUGGAAGUCUGAAGGAUCCAGAAAUUGCAGAAUUAUUUGAUAAGGAAGAUCCAGAAAAAAUAUUUGUUGAUUUAAGAGAGAUUGGUCAUGGAAGUUUUGGUGCUGUUUAUUAUGCAAGAAAUGCUGUUUCUAAAGAAGUUGUUGCAAUUAAGAAAAUGUCUUUUACAGGAAAACAGUCUGCAGAGAAAUGGCAAGAUAUAAUCAAAGAAGUGAAGUUCCUGCGUCAACUUAAACAUAGGAAUACAAUCGAUUAUAAAGGAUGUUAUUUAAAAGAGCACACAGCAUGGCUUAUCAUGGAAUAUUGUUUAGGGUCUGCUUCAGAUAUAAUUGAAGUACACAAGAAACCUUUGAAAGAAGAUGAAAUUGCUGCUAUUUGUCAGGAUGCCUUGCAAGGGUUAGAGUACCUCCAUUCAUUAGGCAGAAUUCAUAGGGAUGUGAAGGCUGGAAAUAUUCUUCUUACAGAAAAUGGAACUGUCAAGUUAGCUGAUUUUGGAUCAGCAUCUAUGAUAUGUCCAGCAAAUUCUUUUGUGGGUACACCAUACUGGAUGGCACCUGAGGUUAUUUUAGCUAUGGAUGAAGGGCAGUAUGAUGGAAAAGUUGAUAUAUGGUCUCUUGGUAUAACUUGUAUUGAAUUAGCUGAACGUAAGCCACCAUAUUUCAACAUGAAUGCAAUGAGUGCCUUGUAUCAUAUAGCUCAGAAUGAUUCUCCUAUUCUUGGACCAGGUGAUUGGUCUGAUAUAUUUAGGCAUUUUGUUGAUUCAUGUUUACAAAAAAAUCCAGCUGACAGACCAACAGCAUCAAAAUUACUUCAGCAUCCAUUUAUCGCAAGAUCUCGGCAACCUAGAGUAAUUUUAGAUUUAAUUCAGCGAACCAAAGCUGCUGUUAGAGAAUUAGACAAUUUAAAUUAUCGCAAGAUGAAAAAGAUACUCAUGGUAGAUUCUCAAGAAAAUGAAGUUACUACAGGUGAAACUGAAGAAGAUUCUACAGAAGACGAUCAAAUCGGAGGAGAUAGCAGUAAAAGUAAUAGUUUAGCCAGUACUCAUAGUCAUCAGAGUGGUGGCGUAAGUGCCGGAAGUCAGAGUAGCAGUACAAGUAGUCUUCCACCUGCAUCCGAGAACGAUUCGACAUACAAUUAUCCAGCUUCCAUGAGAGGACAACGGAGUAGUGUUCGUGUCAGUCCUUCUAAUUCUUCAUCAACUAGCUUAAAUAGCACUGACGUAGGUGCCAACAAUUUUGCGACAAUUCGGACUACAUCUAUUGUUACACGCCAAAUGAAAGAACAUGAGCAGGAAAACCAGAUGCACGAGCAGAUGUCUGGAUAUAAACGUAUGAGACGUCAACAUCAAAAGGCUCUUAUUCAGCUUGAGGCAAAAUGUAGACAAGAAAUGGAAGAACACAAACAAAAAUUAGAUAAAGAAUAUGAGAAUUUAUUACAGCAAUUUAGUAAGGAGUUGGAGAAAUUACAAAUGAAACAUCAACAAGAUCUAGAAAGAAAGCUUAAACAAAAUUUGGCAAGUGAGAAAAGACUUAGUCGUGGAAUCUCUCAGCAACAUGAUGAGGAAGUAAAAAGAUUCCAGCAACAACAAAAGUCAGAAUAUAAAUACCUUAAAGAUAGAAUUAAAAGGGAAAUGAGUGGCGAUAUUCCAACAAGGCAUAGAGACGAUGUGUUACGUUCGCAUAAAGAAGAAUUUUCUCAAAGACAGACGGCAGCCAUGCAACGGUUACAGAGAGAACAAACUGAUUACCAUAGACUCGAAAUUCGUAAAUUUCGUAGACGGAAAUUACUGCAAUAUCAUCAAAUGGAACAAGAUCUUCUAAGAGAGGAAUUAAACAAACGACAGGCUCAACUAGAUCAAGCUCACAACAUGCUGCUUCACCAUCACGAAAUGACUCAAGAAUUAGAAUAUCGCCAGCAACGAGCGGUGCAUCAGUUAAAGGAAGAACAAGUGCGAAAACAACAUCAAACGGAACUGGCAAACCAGCAGGAAUAUAAUUCCCGUAGAGAAAGAGAAUUACGUAAGAAACACGCACUGGAAGUCAAACAACAACCAAAAAGUUUGAAACAAAAAGAAUUGCAAAUACGUAAACAGUUCCGAGAAACCUGUAAGAUUCAGACAAGGCAGUAUAAAGCGUGGAAAAAUCAAAUUUUAGCCUCCACUCCCAAAGAAGAUCAGAAAAACGUCAUCAAGAAGUUGAAAGAAGAACAGAUGCGUAAGCUCGCUAUUCUAGGAGAACAGUACGAACAGAGCAUCGCAGAAAUGCUACAAAAACAAUCCAUAAGAUUAGAUGAGUCUCAAGAAUUAGAAUAUCGCCAGCUUAAAGACCAGUUGCAGCAGGAGCUGGAACUCCUGACCGCCUUCCAGAGUAAAAUUAAAAUGCAGGCCGAAGCUCAACGAAAUCGCGAACGUCGCGAAUUAGAAGACAGAGUUUCCAUGCGCCGGGCUCUGCUGGAACAAAAAAUGGAACUGGAGAAGCAGCAGUUCCAGGAGGAGCGAGCCGAGCGCCAGAGACUUCUGAUCGACCGCCAGGCCCGGGAGAUCGAGGCCUUCGACGAGGAGAGCGCCCGACUGGGUUUCAACGCGGCGGCCAUCGCCGAAGCCUCCCAGGAGCCCCUGAGCGAAGACGACAUCAGCAUCUCGGGAAGUUCGCUCAGCCUGGCCCACAGCAACAGCGCCAGCUCUUUCACCCACACCGCGCUAUAGAGGACCCGGGCCCCUGCGUUCUCGGCCUCCGGCUUCUCGGGCCCCGCCCGACGACGUUUCCGCCCGCGGCGCGCGCCCGGCGCCGGCCGUCCCCUCCCGCCGGCGCGGCGGCGCGCGGGCGCCGGAAACGAAAGAAUGCGGCAUAGAAUCUCCGGGCAAAAGUUCCUCCGUCGUCGCGGGCCCGGGGCCCGGCCGGUCCCGCAUCCCUCCACGCGCGGGCGGAGAACAUCGGCCUAGGUAAUCGCCGCGCGGAAUAGCCAGUUUAGCCGUUAGGCGUCGCAUCUUCCUACCGCCCGGGAUCCGGGGCGGAGGGGAGCGGCGGACGGAUAGAGUUUCCCGUACUUUUGAAAUUCGCAUUAAGAAAUAGCUUGGAAUUUACUCUCGCCCACUUCGUGUUAACACUAAAUUAGCAGGUUUUUUAAUUAUUUUUACCGGCCUCCGAGUCUAGCCUUCUCCCCGCCCGGGCCCGCCACCUUCCGGUCGAUUAAUCGUAUUGUGUAGGAUUCGAUUAAAUGUAUUUGUGUCGACGGCCCGAAAAUAGAAUUAUUCGUAAGAAAAACUGUAAAUUGGAAGUUUUCAUCGAACAGAAGUUAUAUACAUUAUGUACUUCCGUGUGUAAAUAGCACUGUACAAAUAGGCCGGAGUCCACCCGGCUCCGGUCGCCGUGUCGAUUGUUCAAUAAAAAUUUUAAAUUGUA